AUGUCCGAUCAAGAGGGAUUUGAACAGUUAGCUGAUUUCGACUACCCCAAUGACAACACCGUCUUUAAUCUGCCGAGGAGCGCUGUAGAAACAUCUAGUGACGAAGGGGACAAAAUAUGGUCCGAACCGUCUGAUGAUGAGGGAUUUGAUGAGCAGUUGGCUGAUUUUGACAUCCCCAUUGAUGACGACACUGUCUCUUAUAUGCCGAGGAGCGCUGUAGAAUCAACCAGUGAUGAUGAUCAAACAUUGUCUGAUAUGUCAGAAGAUGAGGGAUUUGAGCAGUUGGCUGAUUUUGACAACCCCAUUAGUGACGACAAUGUCUCUUAUAUGCCGAGGAGCGCUGUAGAAACAUCUAGUGAUGAAGGGGACAAAAUAUGGUCCGAACCGUCUGAUGAUGAGGGAUUUGAUGAGCAGUUGGCUGAUUUUGACAUCCCCAUUGAUGACGACACUGUCUCUUAUCUGCCGAGGAGCGCUGUAGAAACAUCUAGUGACGAAGGGGACAAAAUGUGGUCCGAACCGUCUGAUGAUGAGGGAUUUGAUGAGCAGUUUGCUGAUUUUGACAUCCCCAUUGAUGACGACACUGUCUCUUAUAUGCCGAGGAGCGCUGUAGAAUCAACCAGUGAUGAUCAAACAUUGUCUGAUAUGUCAGAAGAUGAGGGAUUUGUUGAGCAGUUAGCUGAUUUUGACUUCCCCAUUUAUGACGACUCUGAAACGAAAUCUGUAACGAAAGGGCAAUCUGAAUCUGAAGGGGAACCUGAAUCUGAAGGGGAACCUGAAUCUGAAGGGGAACCGGAACCUGAAUCUGAAGGGGAACCGGAACCUGAAUCUGAAGGGGAACCGGAACCUGAAUCUGAAGGGGAACCGGAACCUGAAUCUGAAGGGGAACCGGAACCUGAAUCUGAAGGGGAACCGGAACCUGAAUCUGAAGGGGAACCGGAACCUGAAACUGAAGGGGAAACUGAAGGGGGACCUGAAACUGAAGGGGGACCUGAAACUGAAGGGGGACCUGAAACUGAAGGGGGACCUGAAACUGAAGGGGGACCUGAAACUGAAGGGGGACCUGAAACUGAAGGGGGACCUGAAACUGAAGGGGGACCUGAAACUGAAGGGGGACCUGAAACUGAAGGGGAACCUGAAACUGAAGGGGAACCUGAAACUGAAGGGGAACCUGAAACUGAAGGGGAACCUGAAACUGAAGGGGAACCUGAAACUGAAGGGGAACCUGAAACUGAAGGGGAACCUGAAACUGAAGGGGAACCUGAAACUGAAGGGGAACCUGAAACUGAAGGGGAACCAGAAGGGGCUUUGUGGCAAAAUCUGCAGGGCAGCGAAGUAACGCAAGAACAAUUCGGAAAUUCAUCUGAAAGAGGCUGGGCUGCAAUGUCUCCAAAGCUGAGGUGUGGUGAUGAUUUAAUGAAUUUGCAACUCUUUGGUUCAGGUGUGGACCAAGUUGAGCUUUGUCGGGGUAAUUCUGCGCCUGUUCCUCUUGGCCAUUUGCCACCUGAUUGUGGACGCACUUCACCCACUCCUGGAGGUCUUGUUUAUGCUACACCCUAUGAUGGAUGUGGUGUUGAACAACAGGGAGGAAAUUAUUUCAUGCGGAUGCUAUUGCAGGGUUACCCUGUUGUCAUCUCUUGUCCCAUGACCUAGUCCUUUGCAAAUGUGACCAUGUCUGGAUUUCAACUCAUUUC